CAAAAUUUUGACAGCUAAACAACUCAAAAAGUCAUAACUAGAAAAUAAAAAAUAAAUAAACAAUUUUCCUAACAAAAUAAAAUUCUUAUCUUUUUCACCAAAAAAAGUUCUUUUAAAAUUACAAAACAAUUAAAAUGUCAUAUUUGGUGAAUUUCAACAACGAUACUGCCAAACAAAUCCUGAUCGACAUAAUUCGAACUGUGAAUCAAUCGGAAAACUCCAAGAAACUCUCGGAAGCGAAGGCUUCUGCUGGCAAAGAAAUGCUCCUAAUGAUGCAGCAUGUUUUCCCAUUGGUAAUGCAACUCCAGACGGAUGUUAUCAAAUCCUAUGGAUUCCCAGGAAAUAGAGAAGGUCUGGUUCAAUUCGCGCAAUUGGUUCGAGAAAUGGAAAGAGAAGACGUGGAGAUUGCCAGGCUAAGGAGUCAAAUAAGAGCUAUCUACUUGCCACCCAUAGCCAUAAACACCACCAAUGAUGUGUUGAUUUAAUGAGACCCUGACUGACAAUAUAUUUACUUAUUUUCUUUUAAUUGUAAGAGAAAAUAGAAAAAUCUUAGUUUAAAGUAUUAUUUUUUAUUUAAAUGCAUUUUAUUGAUGUGUUGCCUUAUAACAAAUACAAAAACAAAAAUAUUUGAAAUUGUGUAAAAUUACAUUAUAAACAGAAUAAAAAAGUUAAAAAU